AUGUCUCAGCCUGAAAGCCAAACCUCCCCGGAGGUCAAAAGCGACAACAACACAAACUGGUUGAGCCUCCUCUUCAGCGAUAGUGAGGAUGAGGGGUUGGAACCGGCAGCUCCCAGUACGGCUCCCAAGACCAGGCAGCCCUCGAAGUAUGCCCUUUGGUCACACGGUAUUCUUCACGGUCAGUGCUGCCGUCCAGCUUGGAUGCAUCGUGACUGUAUUACCGGGUAUGCCAAGUCAGCGGGAUUACACCAUGUAAAGUGUCCUCUCUGCUUCAAUCGGGACACCUUCAUUGAAACUCUUUUCACCUUUGUGAAGACUUAUCCUCAGAGUUAUCAUCUUCAUCUACUCUCACACAGAGAUGCUGCCUGGGAAUUGGAACCGGGUGCAUUUGCCAAUUCGGACAAUCCAGAGGCCGGUAAUUCGACCGCUUCAAGCCCUUCGACAAUCCCAGCAGCUGCUUCACCACCAGACGAGAACACUAAACCGUCGGCUCCCUCUUCUCAUUCCUCACGCAACCCCACCGUUCAAAAGGCCGAGGUACAGCCGACCUUUGAUGGUGACAGACCCCCGGCCCGACUCUCCACUGUUGAAGAGGUGUGCUGUUUGGAUACGGAAUCAGAGGGCGAAGCGACUCCCGUA